UAAAUAACGCCUUAGCGAAAAAAUAAUAUUUUUUUUUUUUUGGUUGGGAUACAAAAUAUGCCUAUAACAACAUUGGGAAAAUUGUUUGAUUUGGAAUCACAAGAAAGUGGUGGUUCUCCUUUAUUUAUGUCACCAACCCCUACCACGGAUCCAGAACCAAUCUCCGGCGUUAAAACCGGCGGUGAUGGUGGACGGAUCCCGGUAGAAGAGUGGCUGCCGAUCACAGAAUCAAGAAAAGGGAAUGUUUAUACGGCGACGUUUCAUCUUCUCUGUUCAGGAAUUGGUCUCCAAGUGAUUCUUCUUCCUGCAGCUUUCGCAGCACUCGGAUGGGUUUGGGGAACGAUAAUUUUAACGGUAGGGUUUGUAUGGAAGCUCUACACGACAUGGCUUCUUGUUCAUCUCCACGAAGCCGUACCUGGAAUACGUAUCAGCAGAUUCGUGAGACUCGCAAUCGCUUCAUUUGGUGUGAAGCUUGGGAAACUUCUCGCAAUAUUCCCUGUGAUGUAUCUCUCAGGAGGAGCCUGUACGAUUUUGGUUAUAACCGGAGGGAAAUCGAUACAGCAACUUCUACAGAUUAUGUCUGAAGAUAACACUGCGCCACUUACUUCAGUGCAAUGCUUCUUGGUUUUUAGCUGCAUUGCAAUCGUCAUGUCUCAGUUUCCCAAUCUGAAUUCUCUUUUUGGAGUCUCCGUGAUCGGUGCUAUUAUGGGAGUCACGUAUUGCACCGUUAUAUGGAUUUUGCCUGUAACUAGUGAUGCUCAAAAGACUCAAGUCAGAUACGCUACGUCCGAUAAAAGUUUCGUUCACAUUUUCAACGCUAUUGGAUUGAUAGCUCUAGUCUUUCGUGGGAACAACCUCGUCCUUGAGAUACAGGGUACUCUUCCUUCCGAUUCAAAGAACCCUUCAAGUACGACAAUGUGGAGAGCAGUAAUGAUGUCUCAAACUCUCAUCGCGAUUUGUAUGUUUCCAUUAUCGGUUGUUGUAUAUUGGGCCUACGGAGACAAGAUUCCGGCGACGGGAGGUCCUGUAGGCAACUAUCUGAAACUUUACACACAAGAGCACUCGAAGCAAGCAGCAUGUUUCAUACACCUAACGUUCAUCUUCUCUUGCUUAUGUUCAUAUCCGAUAAAUUUAAUGCCGGCGUGUGACAACGCAGAGAUGGUGUACACAACCAAGAAACAAAAGCCUGCCUCCAUCAUUGUCCGGAUGAUGUUGCGUGUGUUCUUGGGUAUGGUUUGUUUCUCUAUAGCCGUUGUAUUCCCGUUCUUGCCUUAUCUAGCGGUUCUUAUCGGAGCAAUAGCCUUGCUUGUGACGUUUACGUAUCCCUCUUUUAUGUGGAUCUCUAUCAAAAAGCCCCAAAGGAAAAGCCCAAUGUGGUUGUUCAACGUUUUGAUGGGUUGCUUGGGUGCUUCUCUCAGCGUUUUGCUUUUGGUUGCCUCGGCUAUGCAUUUGGCUCAAAAGGGUUUGCAUGCAAACUUCUUCAAUCCAUAAAACAUUCUUGUCAUUGUUAGAAUGUAAAUAGGUUUCGUGGCACACGAGAUAUAUAAACUUGGGAUUUUUCUAUGAAUAGAGGGAGAGAGGAAACCUACAGUUAUGAAUUAUAACUUAUGACGUUCGAU